UCUAAGAGCUAAGGAGUAUAAUUUACCACUCAAAAAAGCAAACAUGUCUCAUUAUCUGAAACUAUUUCUUUGUGCUAAAACAUGUGUCAUAUUCGUUGCGUAACUAUUUUGUUUUUACGGAAUGUGUGUAUAUCAAUAUCACUAUAUCAGUAUCACUACUUUUGUCUAGGUUGCGGGCCAAUGCAAGUACUUUAAUUAAAGGAGGAACCAAGUAAAUCAAUGCCACCAGCCCACCACCACCAGUACAUGAAAAAGAUGAAGACGUAGAGGUCCACAGACCACAGCUAAUAGUAUAUAUUACAAUUUGAUGGUCAAACCAAUUUUUUAUGCAAGUACACUAAAAUAAUAAUUUAUUCAACAAAAACAAAAGAUGACAACCACCGCAGAAAUAGUGGAAAUGGACAGAAAGCUUUACAAUGUGGCGGUAAUAGGCGACAUACAAAGCUUCCUAAAUGCAAGAGACAUAGAAAGUGGCAGUGAGGAGUUUUUUCUGAGGCAAACCUUCCCUCAGAGAAACAACAUCCUUCACUUAGCAAUUCGGCAUUUUAAACACGAGUUCAUUAAAGUAGCAGUUUUGGAGGGGUUUUUAUCAAGAGCAGCAAUUGAUAAGCUAAUAUGUCAGGGCAACUGCGAAAGUAACACCCCUCUCCAUGUUGCUGCCGAGGUCGGACAUACCGACAUAUGCAAGCUACUCCUACAACAGACGGCUGAUAUGGCGGAGCCAUGGACGUUGCAGAAUGCAGACGGCAACACGCCACUGCAUGUUGCAGUUAUACAUGGCAAUGUUGAGUUUGCCGCGUUGAUGGUGGAACGACAUCCUCGCCUGGCUCGUGCUACCAAUAGUUCCCUAGAGACGCCUCUUCAUAUUGCAACUUACCGAGAUAUUGGUUAUGUGAAGGAAGGAGAAACCACUUCGCUUUAUCUUGGCUUGAUAAAAUUGUUGGUAGAGAAAGAAAGUUGUGUCACAUGUUGGCGCGAUGAAAAUGGCUUCACUCCUCUCCAUAGAGCAGCCUCAAUCACCUCAUACUACAAUCUAAAGAUUAUUAGACUCAUGCUUGAGCAUUGCCCAGAGUCUGCAGAGGUGCGUGAUAGUUCUGGCAAGACCAUCUUACAUCAUCUGAGAUGGAUACCUAGUUACGAUGAAGGUAUGGAACUCUUAAAUGUUCCCGUAAUAUAUGCCAUCAAAGAUUAUCAAGAUCAUCAAGGAAAUACACCGUUACAUAUGGCUGUAAGAAAUCAAAACCUUAAGCUGGUGCAAUAUCUAUUGCGUUUCCCCGCAAAAAUGAACAUCAAAAACAAGGAUGGCAUCUCAGCAUUAGAUUUGAUUGAAGAAGAAAUGCAGACGAGCAUGAAUAAAAGAGAAAUGACAUUGGAGGAAUGUAGAGCAUUGGAUGCGGGAAAUAUACCAUACUUAGACAAUCGAUUGCAGAAGCUUGGAAUGAACUUUUUAGGUUCACGAGAUUCAAGAUGGAGAAAUAUCCUUCAUAAGCUUAUGCACAUACACAGAGGAACUUUAAUAAAACAAACUGAAUUUGUUAGUUUCAUCGAACAAGUUCUCGGGAUGUUUCCAUAUCUUGUUUGUCAAAAAGACCUUAAUGGGGACACCCCAAUUCAUAUCCUUGUGAGAAAUCCUUAUGAUACCAUGAUUCGUCUUCCAACUUCCAGUACGCAGCAAAAAGAUUGUAAUCUCUCACCAUUGUCAACAUUAGACCUUUUGCCCAAGUUAUUAGAGUUAUGUCAUAAUAGUUUAACGAAUGAGAGAAGAGAAGCAGAGGCGGGUGAUUUGCAGGACUAUGAAUAUGACUGGGCAUGGUUGAUGCAAAACGAAGAUGGAAAUACUCCCUUACAUGAAGCACUCAUAGCAAAUAGUGAUAUAAGGGUUUUGGAAAGACUCUUAGAUAUGGAUAUACAAAUCACUGCUAAUUUACUCAACAAACGUAAUCAGACACCACUCCAUCUUCUAGCCGGACGUUCGUCAGGAUUGGAGCCACUAGAGAGCAAAACAAUAGAGUCGUUGGUGAACGCGAAUGAAGGAGCAGCGUUUUUGCUAGAUGAGGACACACUCACCCCCUUUCUGAAAGCUGUUAAAGUUGGUAACCUGGCUACAAUUACAACACUGAAUGAACUUUCUCCAGAAGCAACCAGAAUGGAAGAUUCCAAUGGUCAGACAUUGUGGCAUUUACUUGUAAAUCAACCUGAAUAUUUGACAUGGCGUCUUAUUCGAUCAUCACAACAACAAAAUUUGAAAUGUCUACUAGAUAUAAAGGAUUGGGAGGGAAAAACGCCAUUGCAUCUAGCGGUUGAAAGCCGACAAUUUAGACAUGCCAAAUAUUUUAUUGAAUAUGGUUCACCAUCGGACGAGCCAGAAGCUAGACAAAAAUGGAUGAGAGAAUAUCUAGAAUUAGAAACUAAGGAUGGUAUUACUUCUAGCGAUUUGAUAAGAUCCUCACCACAAGUUCCUGAUUAUUUUGAACAGUUCAUGAAGGAUGAACCUACGAUGAUAGGCAUUCGAAGUGUGUGGGAAGUUCCUACAACUCAAAUGAAUGAAUAUGCUGACACAAUGGGCGUAACAGCAGCACUUUUGGCAACAAUAACCUUCACGGCAGCAUUCACUGUUCCUGGUGGACAAGUCGAAGACAAAGGAACUCCGCUCCUCAUGAAAAAGGCAGCAUUUAAGAUAUUUCUGAUUUCAGACAUAUUGGCUAUGUGCUUAUCCAUGAUGGUCUUAUUUUGCCUCCUUUGGGUCGUGGCUUGUGCUGAGAAAGGCAAAGCCGUUGUGUUGAUGGAUUUCAGCAUAACAUUGCUCCUACUCUCAUUCUACGCAACUCUUGUCACUUUCAUGGCAGGUUUAUAUGCUACCAUCUUCCCUGUUAGUCCCUGGAUCGCGAUAAUCUCUUUAGCUUUAUGCUCUUUGCUUAUGUUUCUUAUGGACAAACGUAUUGUCAUGGACUGUAUGGUUCCAAUUGGGAGAUCUUUACUUCUUUUUAGUCAGAAGAUCUCGCGAUAUGUUCGAUCACCUACUUUAAUCUAUAACACCAUUAAGAAACAUUAGCGCAAGACAUUAUAGCAUGGUCCUUCCAUUCUUCAAUAGCAUGAUAACCACCCUUCCGCGGGUUUGUAGUAAUAAGUAUGAUGUAUGAUGUAUUGUUAUGGAAAUUUACUCUUCUAUUUGCUAGUAACCUUAUUUGAUUCUUCAACAAGUUAUCUCUUGUGGUAGCGUGUAACAAAGAUAUGUUGAGAUGUAUGAAAAUCCUUUAAUUUCAAUAUAGCAUAUGAAGAGAUCGGUAGUCUGGUGA